AUGAAGGUGUCCACUCUCCUUGCUAUCGCCGCGGCUGCGGCCGUUUCUGCGGCUCCGCUCGCCCCGCGUGCCGAUGAGGUCGCUGAGCCUGAAAAGUUCCUGCUCAAGCUGAGCGAGACGGAGGAGAGAUGGGUUACGGAGGAGGAGAAGUGGGAGCUGAAGAGG